AUGGCCAACGUGAUCAUGGCCUCCUCCCCCAAAACCCUAAUCACCUCCUCAGCAUCUCCAACCCCAAAACCCAAAUUCAAUGCGCCCCAACUUUCAUUACCUAAACUAGCCAUGCCCCAAUUCGCCAAACCCCAACAACUUGUCUCUAUCUCCACCUCCAUUUCAGCCAUUGUUGCUGCCUCACUCUCCAUGGCUCCUCCUUCUUUAGCUGCAGAGAUUGAAAAGGCUGCUCUUUUUGACUUUGAUGCCACUCUCCCAAUCAUGGCCGCCGAGUUCUUGAUUCUCAUGGUGGCCCUUGACAAAAUCUACUACAGCCCGUUAGGGAAAUUCAUGGAUGAAAGGGAUGCAGCCAUUAAAGAGAAGCUUAGCAGCGUGAAGGAUACUUCUGCUGAAGUUAAACAGCUUGAAGAACAAGCUGCAGCAGUUAUGAAGGCAGCCAGAGCUGAGAUUUCUGCUGCCUUGAACAAGAUGAAGAAGGAGACUCAGCUUGAGGUUGAGCAGAAAAUUGCUGAAGGUAGGAAGAAAGUUGAAGCUGAAUUGCAGGAGGCCUUGGCUAAUCUGGAGAAGCAAAAAGAGGAGACCAUUGUGGCUCUUGAUGCCCAGAUUGACGCUCUUAGUAACGAGAUCGUUAAAAAGGUUCUCCCUGUUUCUUGA